AUGAUAGGCAAGCGAAUAGCUGCGCUCGGGCAAGCAUUGGGCAUGCGCGUACUUAUCGCGAGUCGAAAGACACCAGCGACGCCUCCCGUAGACACCGGGCUUCCAGCCCCUGACGCCUCUGACGACCGCAUACCCUUUGACGAUGUGCUCCGCAACUCCACAGUCCUCGUCCUAGCUCUCCCGCGAACCCCCGAGACGCUCAACCUCAUCUCUACUCCCGAGCUCGAGAAGAUGCAUCCGUAUACCGUCAUAAUCAACGUCGCGAGAGGCGGCAUAGUACACGAAGCUGCUGUAGUGCAAGCUCUGAAGCAGAGGCGCAUAGCCGGCUAUGCGACGGACGUAUAUCAGGUGGAACCACUUGGUGGACCUGCAGAUACCCCCCUGCUGGAGGAAGACGUAAAGGACCUCAACAUUACCCUGAGUCCGCAUGUGGCAUGGUUUUCGACAACGUCGAUCAAGAACCUUGGUGAGAUAUUGAAGGCGACUGUAGAGGGCAUGGUGAGCGGCAACGAGAUCAAUGCUAUUCUGUAA